AUGCUAUUUAUCAAGAAAUUUUGCCAUUCUAAUAUUAUAAAAUGCCUAAUUAUAUUUAUACUUUAUAGCAAUAAAUUAUAUAUCAUAACUCAAACGAUUAAGCCUAUAUUAGUUCAAGAAUGGGCUGAAAAAUUUGGUGAAAAUAUAUAUGAUAUCUCUGCAAAAGCUACUGCUUUAGAAAAAAUAACCAAAAAUUUUAUGGACAAUGGUGCAACUGUUAUUAAACUGGAUGGAUUAGAUGUUGUUCAAACUAUGGCAAAUCGUAUUGAAGUUAUGUUACAAUCAAAAGUUGAAACUGUUAAACGAUUAGUAGAUACAGCAGAAGAAGCUUAUAAGGAACACAUUAAUGAUUCAAAUAUUAAUAUUUCAUAUUAUAAUGCAAAAGAAGUUUUGGAUGCAAACUCGGUUCAAAAUGUUGAAGGAAAAAUGACCAUGAUAUUUAAACCACAUGAACAAUUUGAUAAUAUUCCAAUUAACUUAACAUAUAGCACUAUACAUGUACCAACAAAUGUAUAUAAUGAAGAUAUUGAGGUGCUCAAUAAUAUUGCAUGGUCAGAUAAACUGAACAAAGUUUUUUUUGAUAACUAUAAUAGAGACAGAACAUUGAUAUGGCAAUAUUUUGGCAGUGAAACAGGCUUUUUUAGAAUGUUUCCAGGUAUAAAAUGGGAACUUGAUAAAUCGAAUAUUGAUUUAUACGAUUGCCGCGUUAAAGAUUGGUAUAUACAAGCAGCUACAUCGCCAAAAGAUCUAGUCAUCUUGUUAGACGGAUCGGGAAGCAUGACCGGUUUAAGAAUCGAAAUCGCGAAACUUACUAUCGAAACUAUAAUGAACACACUGAGUGACGAUGAUUUUUUCAAUGUCUUACAGUUUACCGGAGAAUCUAUUUUCGUUGAAGGCUGCUUCAAUAAUACCUUAGUUCAGGGAAACGAGGAUAACAAAAAUAGAAUUAAAGAGCAAUUGGAAAACGUAUACACCAAAGAGAUAGCGCGAUUCGAUGUAGCUUUAAUCAAAGCGUUUGAACUCUUAAAUUCUACCAGAGAACAGAAUAGAGGAACAAAUUGUAACCAAGCCAUCAUGAUCAUCACAGAUGGCGCACCGGAAACGUACGAAAAUUUAUUCGUGGAGUAUAACCCUAAUAAACGCGUACGCAUUUUUACGUAUCUGAUUGGGAGGGAAGCUACCGAUAAUGGCCAAUUGCGAUGGAUGUCUUGCAAUAAUAAAGGCCGUUUUUCUCACAUCGCUACCCUGGCAGAUGUUCAAGAAAAUGUUCAAGAAUAUAUUAAAGUUAUUAGUCGUCCAAUGGUUAUAGAGCAAGAACACGUCACAAUUUGGACAGGAAUUUAUCACACGAAAGCGGAUCCAAAAACUAAAAAUUGGUUGAACCUUUUGGAGGAAGAAAUGGACAGUGAUAUGGAUACGAUUAGAUUAAUGACGUCAGUAGCCCAACCCGUUUUUGAUAGAAAAAACGCCUCGUACGGAGAAGGCAAUCUUUUAGGUGUGAUGGGAACCGACGUUCCCAUCGAGGAACUCAUAAAAUUGACUCCGCAAUACAAGUUAGGACCAAAUGGGUUUCCUUUCGCGAUUACGAACAAUGGCUAUAUUCUGUUUCAUCCUGAUUUAAGACCCAUGUAUGGAAAAAAUAUCAAACCUAACUAUAAUAGCGUGGAUUUAUCCGAGGUCGAAUUUUCCGAACAAGAAAAUCCUCAUGGGCGCAGUUACAACAUGAAGCUUAGGAAAGAAAUGUUAGACCAAAAAACCGCAAAUUUUACGAUGGACGUUAAAAUGCCUUUUGACCUUAUGAGGAGAAUCGAACUCAGAACGAAUCAUUAUUUCUUUACUACCCUGCUGAGAACUCCCUUUAGUUUAGGCAUAGCCUUGCCCGAUUAUGGUCUUCAUACUGUCAAAGGAAUGUUGGAGAUCCCCGAAAUAGAUAUCGAGAGAGAUUUCGGUGGGUCUCUAUGGAAAGUUGUACCCGACUGGGUCUACUGCCGGUUACCGCACGAGGAAAAUAAGCUGAACGAUAGGGAUCGUAUCAUACAUUUUCUCAAGAUGGCCCAAGCUAGUCAGUCGUCUCAAAGUCAGGAAAAGUUCCAGGACGACUAUCGAGCCUACACCGGAAAUUGUGAUAAAGAAUUGAUACUCAGUCUGGCAUUUGAUGCAAAAGUAACCACAUCUAUCUUAAACGAUUGGUACACCACUAACGCUUAUUCUAAUUCACAUGGCAUCGAGAUUGUGUUGAUCGGAACGCGGUCUGGUUUAACUCGGUUUUAUGAAAUUGGUUCAAAAGACCAAUCACAAGAAACCGAAAAAUUUACUACGUCUUCCUCAACCACCUCUAAAAACAAUCUCAAUUUUAUCGAUAAACAUGUGAAAACUCUGGAAGAUUUGUAUUACAAACGCGCUGAUGCUAUAGGGCCCAACAAAUUUGUCUUUUCCGUCGAUCAUAACAAUUUCCCCGAUUAUAGCUUUGCACUUCAAAUUUUGGAGGAAGAUUACGACGAAACCUAUUCGAAUGCCAAUCAUUCCACUCUCCCUGAUUUAGAUAUUGGAAACUUGAUUUCAUCCUUUGCUUCCAAUAAUUCUCUUCACAAGCGCACCAAAAAGGGUUCAUAUUAUCCGGGUAUAUCGAUUAUGGCUAGUAGUCCAGUUGUAAUAAAAAAUAAAGACGAAAGUCAGAGCGCUACGGCCGCUGUUGUAGGUUUGAGGAUGAAAUUGGAUAAUUUAGCUAGAGUUUUCUACAACACCUCUACUAUAGAUUGUUUUGUGGAGGGGACAAUUUGUUACCUGUUAGAUGACCAUGCCUACGUGAUACUGUCAUCAGCAAAUAACCCACGGCAUAUAGGAAAGUUUUUUGGACAAGUUGAUGGAAAGAUAAUGUUAUCAUUGUCGAACCAUGUCUAUAAAAAAGUCAACUUAUUCGACUUUCAAGCUAUGUGUGAAACAAAAGUUUCGGUAUUCAGUUCAUCUUUCAAAAAUUUUAACAUGAAUUAUCUUCAAAUAUGCGCGCAUAUUUUUAAAGUUUUGCUAUUAUGCUUCAAAUAUUUACUCAACUUGAUGCAAAUGUAUUCUUCCCCAUUAAAACCCUACGCGAAGGUUACUGUGACGUUGAUAAGCAACAUAAUAGCGAAUUUAAAACACAUAACCGCAUCCAUUUUGUACAUUUUUUACAUCAAUUUUUACGUAUCUUCCAUUGAUCUUGUAAAAUCUGCCAGUAUUAUUAGCACCUAUUCCAAUAACUCGAAUAUUCCAUUCCUACCAAAAAACCCCAAUAUUAAUGACAUGGAAGAAGACGAACCAGAGUACGAACACGAUAUAAAAGAGUUUAGACCUCCUCAUCAAUGCGUGAAGAGGUUCAAUCUGUUCAUCUUGAACACGCAGUUGUUGGCCACCGAGGGCCCCGUCUCUUCGAUAUCAAACUGUGGCGGGAGCGCUGCUUAUUCGUCCAUUCCAACGAAAUACGAUCGAUUAAGGUUUUGCGGAAAACCCUACACGGUUAGCCUUGUUCCUUUUACCAAUCUCCUCUUGGUGGUAGUUAGGAAGGCAAAAUCUGGAUUUUUUGAAGCUGGAGGCCACGAUGGAAUCAAGCCUAAAGGCAGGAAAGGGACCAGCACGCAAUCCUCCUUGUCCGGCAAUGCCAAAGAACCAUAUCAAGGUGUCCAAGACAUAUGUACCCUUUGCGACGAUUUAACCUUUAACUUCCAACCUAAGUCGAUAUCCCUCAUGCACCAGGAAGUUUUGGACGAUAAUUUUGAUGGGAGCUACGACGAGGAGAGCGACGAUAUUAUUAAGGAAUCGGAAAAUUCUGAUACCUCGUCUAGUCAUUCCGAUGGUAAAAAAGAUAUACCUCACAAGAAGCGAAGGAGGAACAAAUGCCACGGAAUCAAAAUGCACGCUUACCGACGCCGCCCUACGACUUGUUAUUCCCAUAAUAUUUUAGAAAAAGACGACGCUUGCGGUUCCGCCGUCUCUAAUUUUUAUUACACGCAUCGACUAAAAUAUCUCACAAUUCUUAUUAUUUGGAUUAUAUUAUUAUAAUAUCCUUUUAGGCUAAGUCCUGAUAUUACUUAAAUCUUUGAACAUAAACUUGACAUAAUUAAUUUUUUUUUAUAUCUUUUGACAUUAACCCUGAUAUUUAUUGUUUUAGAAUUAUAAAGUUCUGCGUCAAAUAAGAAUACCAAAAAAAUUUUAGAUCAUUUUUAGUUAAGAAAUUUAAAUAUAAUCUUCUAGGACUCCAUCGCAUAAUAAGUAUAAAAAGUGCAAUUUCUUUUUUUAAAAAAUUUAUUUUUGAGAUUUUUU